CCUCGCCGGCGGAGGAAGGAGGCGGCGGCGGCCGCCGGCCCUCCCCGACCGCGCAUGCGGCUGUGCCGGGCCGUGGCGGCUGUGCCGGGCCAGGGCAGCGCCGCCGCGCUCGGGGGUUGAAGUGCGUGUGUCCCUUCUACCGGCCCCAGCCCCUCCUUCCCGGCGGGCCCUGUCAGCGCCCUCGCAGAUGGGCUUAGGCUGGAGCAGCGCGGAGGAGCGGCAGCCCCUCCUGCCGCCGCCGCCGCCGCCACAGCAGCAGCAACGGCGGCGGCCGCAGGCGCGGGGGCCCGCGGGGGGCCCGGCGGUGCCGGCGGCGGUGCCGGUGCCCGUGCGGCGGCUGGCGCCCUUGGCGGGCCGCGUCUACGGGCGGCGGUGGCUGGUGCUGCUGCUCUUCUCGCUGCUGGGCUUCGCGCAGGGCCUGGUGUGGAACAGCUGGGGCCCCAUCCAGAACUCGGCCCGCCUGGCCUUUGGUUUCAGCAGCUGGGACAUCGCCCUCCUCGUUUUCUGGGGCCCCAUCGGCUUCGCGCCUUGCUUCUUCUUCAUGUGGCUCAUGGACAAGAAGGGUCUGAGGGUAACCGUGUUACUAACGUCAUCCCUCAUGGUAUUGGGAGCUGGCCUGAGAUGUGUUCCAGUUUCAGACCUAGAAAUUAGGAAGAAGCUGAUUCAUGGAGGGCAGCUGUUAAAUGGCUUGGCAGGGCCAACUGUGAUGAACGCGGCACCAUUUCUUUCCACAACAUGGUUUUCUCCGGAUGAACGUGCCACAGCAACAGCCAUUGCGUCGCUGCUCAGUUACCUGGGCGCUGCUGGCGCUUUUCUAGUGGGACCUCUUGUAGUGCCAUCUCCUAAUGGAACAUCUCACCUCCUGCUGGUAUCGCAGGGCAACACUGAGCACAUCAAGGACCGCAUCGAGGCUGUCCUGUAUGCAGAAUUUGGAAUGGUUUCCCUGAUAUUUUCCGCAGCAUUGGCCUACUUCCCCUCGCGCCCUCCAUUCCCUCCUAGCGUGGCUGCGGCAAGUCAACGGCUCAGCUACAGGAGGAGUUUUUGCAGGCUCUUAAGCAAUUUCCGAUUCUUGAUGAUUGCUUUAGCCUAUGCUAUACCACUGGGUGUUUUCUCUGGCUGGUCUGGUGUUCUGGAUUUGAUAUUAACGCCAGUUCACGUAAGCCAAGUAGAUGCAGGCUGGAUUGGAUUUUGGUCUAUCGUUGGAGGUUGUGUUGUUGGCAUAGCAAUGGCAAGAUUUGCAGAUUUUAUCAGGGGCAUGCUGAAGUUUAUCCUGCUGCUGCUUUUAUCUGGAGCAACGUUAGCAUCAACCUGGUUUACUCUUACCUGUCUAACUAGUGUGACUCAUCUGCCUUUAACCACAGCUACACUGUACACAUCCUGCAUUUUGUUGGGUAUAUUCCUCAACAGCAGCGUACCAAUAUUCUUUGAGCUCUUUGUGGAGACAGUCUACCCUGUUCCAGAAGGGAUUACCUGCGGAGUUGUCACCUUUUUGAGUAAUGUGUUUAUGGGAGUGCUUUUGUUCUUCCUCACAUUUUACCAUACAGAGUUUUCCUGGUUCAACUGGUGCCUGCCAGGAUCGUGUCUGCUCAGCCUGCUCCUCAUCCUGUGCUUCCGCGAGUCCUACGACAGACUCUAUCUCGAUGUUGUCGUCUCUGUGUGAUAACGCUGGACUGGUGAGGGGUUGGAAGAGACUGGAAGUCCACUUUGCAGCCUGCACGUCUGCCUGGAUUUGCACGGCUGAACUGCAGAAAAACAAAGAAAUUACAAAACUUAAUCGUGGCUUUAGUAGAGAGGGUGAGGGACAGGCUGUUCUUACAUUCAAGACCACAUUUAUUUGGGAUAAACGUGGAACUUGACUGAUGGUGACGAUGCUGAAAUGCACAAAGAUAAUAUAUCUGAUGUACAGGUCCCGGUGUCAGAGCUGGGGCUCUCUAUUUAAAAGGCUGUUGAUGUAGCAGUGAGGUGUACAGUUGCGUGUGCGUGCGUGUGCGUGCGUGUGUGCCGACUCAAGGUUGUACACACCAGGGUACCAGUAAUCUCUGGAGUCUUCUAUCAGAAUAGAAAUAGUGAAUAAUCUUAACUAAAGUUAAAAAAAGAUAAAAGAAAAAAAAAUCUUUUUUUUUAAGAUCUCUCAAAUCGUUAGUAAUUUAUAUAAUGAAUGUCCAUUAAACAGUUAAGCUAAAACGAUUUGGUGCUUGUACACUACAUUUACAUUCUAAUAAAGUGAUUUCUGAUAUAAGACACUGGUACCAGGGUUUUUAGCCAUACUAAAUAUCCCGUACAAUCCCUGCAGUGUUGUUAGAGGUGUUUGUUGUCACCCUGGAGCACAUGUAAAUGAUAGCUUUAGCUGCCACUGAAACCCGACUUGCACCUGCAGUCGCCGCUGAAAUGCCACCAUGGUUCUGUAUCUCCUGAACACGGAGCACCUGUGGUGUCUCAGAAGUUUGCUGAAGAGUCACUCUUGGUAAGUGUUGCUGUUCUAAAGGCCACCACUGUGUCACCUUUUCAUCUCCCGUCUCCAGAACUGCCUUUUUUACUGUGAAGACCUAUUCGUGCCACCGAAUACUGUGGGAGUGGAUGUCCGAGUCACACUAGUUCUCUUCUGAUGCUCCAAGGUGUGCGUGGUUUUUAGGAUUAGUUUAUGAUUGAGGGUGCAUAAACAAUAUUGUGUGUUAACCCAAGUCUUUAAAAUCACUGUUUCCUAAAAAAAUAUCUUUCUAGUUGAUGAGGUGUCCUGAUGGCGAAACGACAAUGAGUUUGACAAUGAGAAAUAACUCAUGAGUUUUGGCAUAAUAUGGGAAAUAUAAUGCCAGCUCUUUUUAUCAGUACUUAACUGUGGUCUUUCUGGCCCUUACUUGAACAUAAAUAUUAAAGACACUUUGAAUAGUUUUUUAACUCAAUUUCAAACCUGCUAAUAAUUUCUUAAUUAUAUUCUUAGAUUUCAGUUCAGCAACAUCUACAGUAUUUCCGUGUGUGUUCUGCACUUUGUGUUCGGGGUGUGUGUUUGUGUCUGUGUGCGUGCAUAUUUAUGUGUACACUAAUAAAACUUAUAUAUAUAUCAUUUAUAUAUAAGUUAUGUAAGGGUAUGUGUUUACAUAGGUUUAUUUUCAGCGAUCUAAUCAUGUCUCUGGAUGGUUAUGUGGUAUGCCACUGUUGGUAACUAAACCAGUCACUGCCACGAAUGGAAGCGCGUACGUACGCCGUCUGCGACGUGAAUCUUUUUCAGGGCGUGAAUGAUUUCCUACCGCAGCAAUUUCAUCGCAGGGGGUGUGUGCGCAUGUUGGAGGAGGCUGGUGUGCAGGGUUCUGCAUCCGUAGCAGUCUGAACCAAACGCCCUUUCCUCCUGUGCGGGGCUCUGCUGCCAACGGGGUGACACCCACACUGUAAACUCACUCGAAUAAACCCUGAACUGAGCACUGCCUUUCAGACACGGAUCCAUUCAUUCUCUCUGCUCUCCUGUUACAGAGAGAAUAUGCCACUAAUACCUUCAGCUCAGGAGUGUAUCUGAGCAGUAAAAUAAAACAAGCAGUUCCCUGCUUUUCUCUUUUCAGAGCAAUGGAGGUAUUUACUGUAGCAACAGAAUAUUGUCUUAGCUCAUUGCCUAUACUAGCUACUAAAUGAUCUUCUCUGUCUUGAAGCAGGCUCUUUGUAGAAAUGGAGCUAACCUACACUGGGGUAACUAAAUCAAUCUAACCAGCACAUUCAGAACCGCUGGCAUCAUCCUCUUACCAUUUUUCAGAUGAAUGGUAUUAACUGUCCAACUUCUUUUUACUAUGUUUUAGUGCCUGGAACAGUUUCAGUAUCCAGUAGCUGCCUGCUACCUAUUGUCUUCUGAAACCAAGGAUCACUUGCCAAGAGUCUGAUUGGAGUUGCAUUGUCAUGACAGAACUGCGAGCUCGGAUGGCUCUUCAGAGCUCUGCUUCUGCAAUUUACUGUAGCUAUAUUAAGAUUAAAAUUGGACAGCUCAAGCACUGUCCUGAGUGACAGAGAUUUCUAAUCCUUUCAGUGUCCUGACUAUUUUAAGAUGGGAAAGCACUUCAGGCAGUAUUCGGACUAUAACCUAUUCUGCCUCUGUUCCAGAAAGCACUGAACGAUUCCAAAUAUUUGUCAGUGCUGUCAGAUGCAGACUCUCCAUACAGUCAGGGGAGAAGAGUGAACAUCUUGUUUUAAACCCCGUUGACUGUUUUUCUGAGUUGGUGUGAAUUGCUCACUGCUCUCCUGAACUCGGAUGCUUCAGUAGAAGUUUCUGUGUCUGUCUUGGGCACCGUAGUGUGUGGUCUUAAUGACAGCCCUCGAUGCCUCUGCACCAAAAUAGAGACGUUACCCAGAGCCGAGCACUGCAGUGGGGCUCUGCUGGAGACCUGCGCUGGGGCUGCAGGCACUGUUCUGCAGUCAGGGCUCAACCAGAGUUCCCAGCAAGUCGGAUGGAAAUUUGCCUGAGUGAAAACCAAAGGAUGGCCCCCAAAUUGCUUAAAGUUGUGCAGGACACUGCUGCCUGCCACACACACAGGGUUCAGGCUUUAGGAUUUUAUUAGAUUAGCAAGUCUGCCUCAGGACAGAGGUGAGGGUUGCAAAUGUGCUUGCUGAGGUCUCUGAAAAAUAUUCUAUCCUCAUCUGUGCCCAGCAGCAGCAUCCUUCGUUGGAGGAGCAGUCCAUUUCAUGCCAGUAACCCAACUGAACCUCUGGGAAUACUUUUUGGAUAUGGGUUAUCACUAGGUCCACCUUUGGAUUUACUGAGGGUCCGAGCUGUCAGGAUAACCACAAUUUAUUGGAAGUUAGAGUCUGAGACCACAGGGAGAGCCCUAAGCAAUGCUGAUACAAUUAGCAGUAGCGCAGAACAGGCUCAAACCAGUUAUUAAUUAGUGAAAGUUCUAAGUCUCUGUAACUUGAGUCAGUAACAACAGGGGUUUUUAUCUAAAUGAGGCAUUACCUUGCACUGCCAGAGAGUAGCCGACGUUGGCUGCUGCUUGGCCUGUGACUUGCCAGCAGAGGAAGGUGCCCUGGGCAGUCGCAGUAUUUGCUUCUCUUCAUGGCCUGUAAGUUCAUGGCCCUGAAGAACAUUUUCUUUUUCCUAGCAAUGCAGAGCCCCCUAAAAUACAAAUAAUUGUGCUAUGUUUUAUAUUGAAAACAGUAGGAAAGAUGCUCUGUAGUGGCUGCUCUCUUUUUAAUAGUUCUUCAUUUUCAGUAUGGGCUGCUCCUUGGGUUUCUGCUUGGCAUGGUAACAACUCUCAGUUCAGCUUCCAGUGCUGCUGUCUUUUCUUCUUGCGAGCUGCGGAGCUGUGCUAGCUUUCCUGCUGCUAAUGAGGAAGCUCAGGGUUAGUAAACGUAGGCUCCACUUACCACACUGUUUGCUGUCUGUCGUCACUGCUGUUACCCAUUAAUUUCCUUCUGAUUCCUUCACCUUCCCACAUGGCUGCCCACUCCCCUGAUCCGACGUCCACACAACAGGUUUGGAGAAGAGCUUCCCUGUUCCCAAGCAGUUUGAGAGGGUUGGGUUGGCCGACCAUCUAUUUAGUAUGCACAAAAAUAGUGAUUUUUAGAAAAUCAGGCAAACUGGAAGAAAGUGCAGACCCAACAGAUUUUGCUCAUAUAUGAGCAGAUAGUCUGUUAUGAGCAGACUAUAAUUUGCCUGAAAUGUAUAAUUUUAGCCCCCACACCUAGAGAGGCCGAGCUGAUAGGGACCAGCCGUGUUACGUAUUCAGGUUCACACAGCAUCACAGAGUUACUCCCAACCAUCUGACAGAGCUGAAAUGAAUGGGAGUGGGAUGUCUUUAAUCUCGGAGUGGGUUGGAAAACCCCAGGCUGCGUCAGUGUUUGCAUCGGUGACCCGGGGGAGCACCAGGCUGAUGGAUUGAGUAAGGGGAGGGGGGGGUCUCCAGGGGGCAUUUCAACACUGAAAUAUUGCACUGAGUUUAUCAAAUCCAUAUAAAAUCUGAGGUUUUGUGAUGACAGGGAUGUUAAUGCCUGGCUUGUUUUACGUUAAACUUCGCAAGUGACUGCGUAGCCUUACACUGCAAUAUAAACAAGCUGAAUUAAUAUGCAUAUAUUGUCUGUUACAAGAAAAGGGAAGUGCUAUUUAGUUGAGAGGAUUGACUGAAAUAUGAAUGGGAAUUAUACAGUUCGCACAGUGGAUAUAGCUGUCCUGUGACACUAUGACAGCAGGGUUUUAGUUUUUCAUCUUCUUUCUCCUGUUGGGUCAUUUGCAAAUAUUAAUAAUUAUCUGUGACAAAGGCGUUUUUAUGUUUGUAAUAAUUUGGCAAGACUACUGCAUACAUUAGUAUUUGGUAUUUGAUGUUGGUGCCACUGUUCUCGUUGUUGUUAAAGUGCCGGGCUUGGGGAGCGGGAGCGGGGCGUGCGUGAGGAGGCCGCAGCGCUCGUGGAUGCAGUCGCGCAAGGCUGACCCUGCCAAAACGGAAAAGGACUUCAUCAUCAUCUUCCGCGGGUCCAGGACGCGGGUCCCAGCGUUGGGCUGGGGGGGAGGAAGGGGGAAAAAGCCUCGUUGCGGUUGCUGCCUCCCUUCCCUCGGGGAGACAGCCUCCAGGCUUAGUGCUUUGUGCGUGAGAUGGCAAGUAUCAGCACAGGCUUCGUUCAUUUCCCUGCAGCCACUACUGCUGCGAGGCGGGUUGCAGGCGGCACGGGAAUACCCGCCCUGCUUCCCCCAGCAGCGCCUUUCACGUGGCCGAGGAGGACUGCCACAGAGCAGGCGGCAGCCCCAGUACAGUCAGAAUAUUGUGUCAAUCAGCCUAUAAUUUUUGCAGUUUCUGUUUCAAGACAGAUGAAACUAAUAAAUAGAGGAAGCAAUUUAACUCUGUCCAAAGUUUUGACAAGCAAAAGCAAAUAUUUGCACAGAUGUGCUGGCUCCUGCCUUUUAGUUGGGAUCGCAAUGUGUUUGGAGCAAUUGGUGCCUGCCCGGAGAGUGGACCCGCUCCCGCAGCCCCGGUGCUGCUCCUGCCACUGCUCAGCCCCCAGCAGUGCUGCGGGAAGCUUCGUGCCGCGCCGGGGGACAGCGAUGGGUGCAGAGGGGGGAAGGGAAGUGCUGCAGCCAGGACGCCCAGAAGGUGUGACGCUGGUGGGCGCCUGCGUUAUUUGCGCUGGAGGGAUGUCUUCUGCACUGUGGUUUUAUCAAAGUCUCAUUUUACUUCCUCAAGGAUGAGGUUCUGACCUUUGUUUUAUGUUUGUGAUGUGACUUGUGCCACAGAGCAGCUACAGCUGUGGCACAAGGCGUAGAGGCACUGGUUUUCCUGGGUGCAGCAGAGAAGGCAGGUGGGACUUGGUCUCUGCAACACCAGCUUUUCCUUCCACAGUUUCUCUCCCCACCAGCUUCCCCCAUGUGAUUUCUCCACUUGUUAGAUCUGGACAGACUCAUUGCUCUGACUUCAUGUUACUACAUGAAGAAAAUACCACGAGCAAAUCCUUUUUUUCUGUAUGGGGAGCUUUUCCCUUCAGGCUCAGGCCUUCUUCAACCUUAGUCCCUCUGUCUGUAAAAGCUGAAAAAGCCCCAAACCCCGUGUUUUCCUUGGCAGAGGGUAUGUGCAGGUUUGUGUGACGUUGGGCUAGGUAACAAGAGCCUGGGCGCUGCCCUUGCUCUGUUACAGUGCUGCUCGGGGGCUUGGGGAAGGGGUGCUUGUGAAGGGGGUGCCUUGCUCUCCCCACCUGUAAAAGGGGAAGGGGACACCCUGUGCACCUCCCCAGGCAGGGACACGCUGUGGUCAGGGCUGGGAAGUGCUUUGGGAUCCUGUGAGGGACAGGGGCUGGAGCAGGGCCUGGGAAAUGCCUUGUUUAAUGGGCUGUGUGUCCUUAGCUUUGAGCCUUCUGUAGGGAGCGCAGACCCUGAUUUUCUGUGCCUGGCCAGAGUCUGCCCGGGGCGGUUGGUGGGGGGUGCCGUGCCCCCGGGCUGUGUCCAGCGCGCUCUGGACGUCCUGGAUUUGCAAUCAAAGCCAUGAUGCGAAAACGGAGUUGGCUCCCUCGCCCUGGCCCCUGCCUGCGCCUCUCCUGCGUGCCCCGAUCUUUCUGCUCCCGCACAUCACCUGUGCGGAGCAAGCCCGGCAGAGCCGCAGGGUGUCCCACAGGCGGGCGGCCGCGGGCUGCUGCUCCCCCCCCAGUACAAUGAUGUAUUUUCCAGAUAUAUUUGUUUUCUCUGCCUGUGAGAUUUACUAUACUAACGUCUCUUUUUCCCCUACAAAGUUUACCGUCUUCCACUGUGCAUUUUAGAAACAAGUACUUGAUAAGGUGGAAAAAAACAGCUUUUGAUUAUGCGAUGCACCUAACAGUUGGGGUUUUUUGAACUGCAUGAACAUACAGAGAAAGAAGAGGGUUUUACAUGUUGGAGACCAUCUUUGUAAACUAUCCUCAACCUGUAAGACUGUUCAAUUUUACUGGAGUUUGUAUGCAUUUUACUUUUGUAAUUUUUUAAAUGAUUUGAUAGAAUUUUAGGGCAAAUUCUAAUUUUUGUAUGCGAUAUUCUGAUGUGAUGUAUUUUUAUUUUUAAGAAAAUAAUGUUGAAACCACUAUAUAAUUGUAAAAAUAACACAUCCACCGUGUCUUUUCUUUUUAAAACUGGAAUAUGACCAUGAAGUGCGUGUUACUUUACGUACUGGUUGUUGCACAUUAAAGAGGUUACUCAGA